UGUUUGAUCCCAUGGACUACAAGUUCUAACUUUCUCUCAUUUUUUCAUUCCUUCUCUUCCGUUCAGGUCAGCAGAGCUGAAAGAACUUCAUCAACACCUUCAGUAAAAACUAUCAAGCAGGAGAAAACCGGCAAUGGAGUCCCAAAUUGCUAAGACUUUUCAAAAGCUCACCUCAGCUGAGGAGAUGAGAAACCAAACCAAGCUUGUGAUGCAGCCUUAUGCCAACUGGGAGGAGUACCUGACUCCUGCACCACUUUCCAUAGCCAUCCUGGGAGAGCUGGUCUUCAUCUCUUCCAAAACUGAUUUCUCCAUCAACAAAAACCCACCAAAGGACGGCUACAAGUACAUCAAAUACCCAGAUUCAUUCCGUGCCUGUCUCAUGCAAGUGUGUAACUCUGGCUGGUGGGCUUUCAAUGACGCCCACAAGAACAUGGAUCAGAUUCGGCUUCACACCAUGGCUGUUCCAGACUAUAUGAAGACUGCAGUGAAGAUUCUGUUCCAAGAUAAUGAUGAAGUUGUUCAAGCUCACCUUCCUGACCAGCUGGAGAACAUUCGUGUUAUUGCAGAUGACUGUCUUGCUCUGUCCAAAUCAACAGAAAUGCGGUUUAGUGAAGUCAUCAAUAUUAUCCAAGAGCUGCUGGAAGCCUGUGUAAAUGCUGAGCACUUUUAUGGAGAAGAGCUGGAAGAAAUCAAGAAGAAACUGGAGGAGAAUAAAAUGAGGAAACAGUCAUCAGAAGAAGCUGCUAAACGCUCUGAGAAGGCAGUUAAAAUCUUGGAAAAAGAACUGAAGGAAGCAAAUGACACCUAUAAAAAUGCAAUGGAUUCUCUUCCCAGUGGAUGGAACAUGGUGGCUAUGGAUCUUGUUGGAAUGAUAUCUGACAGCGUCACAGUUCUAGUCACUGGACUGACUGCUGUAGUGACCCAGCCAGUGGCCCAAAUGUGUAAUGCUUCAAAGAAAAUUGCAGAGACAGUGAAAGAUGUAAAAGGUAUGACCUCUUCUGCAGAUGGAUUUGAUGAAAUGAACAUCUACAGCAAGUCUACAGAAAUCCUGACGUGGACAGAGCUUAUUCAGCAGUAUGUCCAGAACAAUGACAUUGACUGGAAGAAUCUGUAUGAUCAGAAGAACAAAUCUACAAAAACAGAUUUUGUGAAAGAUCAAUUCCAAAGAAUUAAUUGCAGCUUAGAAAAAUUCCCAGAAUGCAAACCAAAGAAGAAGGCUCAGAAAUUAUGCAAAGAGGCAGUUAACAUCUGUAUAAACCUGGCAAAAUAUGCACCAGAAGGGAAAUGUGAGGAAGAGAAAAAAAAGGAGUUGAUUGAGAAAAUCAGAGAACUGAUUGAUUCUGCCCGCACUUUUGACUGCAAAAGCAAAGACGUCACAAAAACUCCUUCCUUGAUUCCAAAACCACCUAUGUUGUCAAAAGAAGAAAGUAAAUCAGAGAGGAAAAGUGCUUCAGAAAGGGCAUCAGAGAACGCCAGGUUCCGCAUAGAGCAGAGCCGAGCUCAACUGAAGAACACCAGAGAGACCUAUGACAAGAGUGUUGAGAACAUGGAGAAAAACCAAAAGGAACUGACUGAAAUAUUGAUCUCCCUGCAAAAUUGUGAAUUAAAAGAGAUCGACUUUAACACCACCAUACAGAUGCUGGUCAAAGGGAUGGAUGCCAUGGGGAGAGUGAAGGAGCAGUGGGAGAAGAUGGUGCGCUUCUUUCAGAUGGUGUCCAACAUUGUGAAAACCAGCCUGAACAGAACUCUCAAAGAUUUUGUCUCCACGUCUGAAAAGACUCAGUCACUUUCCUACAACUCAAAGCUCUUCUCCAAAGAUCUGCUCUACAGUCAAGCUUUUCAGGCCACUAACAUUGCCAGCCUCGUCCACAUGAUCUCAGCAACCUACACUGAUGUGUCUAACAAGUAUCUCAUGGAUCGUGUCAGUUCACUGGGGAAACUUAUGGCCAUGGACAAGACAAGACCAGAGUUUCUAAAUGAGCGUCUGAAGCUACAGAAGUCCUGUGAUGAAGCUCAGAAAGGCAUUUUACGCCUUGUCCUCAAGAAUAAGGAUGAGUUUGAAAGGAAGACUGAUUCAAGACUGGAGAAGAUUGAUAAAGAGUUGCUGGCCAUUCUUCCCUCUGCUGCUCCAGAAGAGAUGAAGAGCAUUCAAGCAGCUGUUGAAAGUGGAUUCACAGAAGAUGAGGAGGCGUUAUACUUCUGAGUGUAUUUCCAAAACUUGUUCUCAUUUAAUCUGAAAAUUACAUUGAUGUUGAUGGUAAUUACUAAUUCACCUUGAUUUUCCCCAUGUUAAUUAUGUUUAAAGGGUUAAACAGGUGCUACUUGUACACUCCUGGCAUGUCAGAAUUUUGGUUCUUUCCUUUAUAGAACGUGUGAGUUAUGCCAUUGUUAUUUAUAACACUGCUGUUGGAACAAAACCUCGUAUCUCCAUUUUUGUUGCUUUUCAUUUUUUGACAUAAUUUGAAAGUGCCUGUUGCCCUUUACAUUAUGUGUGGAUUUUAUGAAUUCAAAUGAAUCAGUCUGUAAAUAUUUUAUUAUGAUUAAUAAACUCUUGUAAUAUGAUCAAA